AUGGGUUUGAUAGAGGAAGGAGCCUUUAGGCCUGAUGGUUACACUAUCACCCCAUGGGCUCAGGGACGGUUCCUGGCUUGGGACGUUACCUUACCCCACACUAUGGCUGACCGAUAUAUCGGCUACACUUCAGUUGAGGCGGGCACUGCUGCCCUUAAAGCGUCCGAUUUCAAAAAUGAAAAAUACGUUUCAUUAAACCAUUUAAGCAAAAUAUUUCAACCCAUUUGCAUUGAAACGUUCGGACCAACAGAUAUGCACACAUCAUUAUUUAUUAACGAAUUAACAAGAAAAAUAGUUAAUAUAACGGGUGAUCCUAACGAAGGCAAUUAUUUAAAGCAAACUCUUUCACUUUUAUUACAAAAAUUUAAUUCCUUUUGCAUUCUGGAUGGAGCUGCCAGAUACCUGACUGUGCGAGACCAGGGACAUAGAUAA